AUGGAGACUCCCGACGUCGACGUGCCUAGCCCAUCGUCGGCUACGCUGACGUGGCAGGACUUCCUCGAGCGCAUGCGCCACCCCUCCGCCGCCGACUUCGUCAAAGCCAUCAAAAGUUUUAUAGUGUCAUUUUCGAACAAUGUCCCGGAUGCAGAAAGGGACAGCGUGGCCGUGCAGCAAUUUUUUGCCAAUAUGGAAGCAGCAUUCAGGGCCCACCGCCUGUGGUCCGGAUAUUCAGAGGCAGAUCUUGAAAGUGCAGGCGAAGGCCUAGAAAAAUAUGUAAUGGCAAAAUUAUUCACACGCGUGUUUGCUUCGAGUCCAGAAGACAUCAGAGCUGAUGAGCAGCUUAAUGAGAAGAUAUCUUUACUUCAACAAUUUAUUCGGCCGGAGAAUUUGGACAUCAAGACGACGUUUCAAGAUGAGAAUUCUUGGGUGCUCGCUCAGCAAGAACUGCAAAAGAUUGGCAUGUACAAGGCACCAAGAGAUAAACUAGUUUGUAUUCUCAAAUGCUGCAAGGUGAUCAGUAACCUAUUGAUCAAUGCCUCCCGUGCAUCUAAUCAGGAUCAUCCAGGAGCUGACGAUUUCCUCCCAGUUCUCAUUUACGUGACUAUAAAGGCAAACCCAGCCCAACUACAUUCCAACUUAGCAUACAUACAAAGAUUUAGGCGGCAAACUCACAUGGUAGCUGAGGCAGCUUACUUCUUCACGAACAUGCUUUCCGUAGUCUCGUUUAUUAUGAAUAUUGAUGCUAAGGCCCUUUCGAUGGACGAAACUGAAUUUCAGAAGAACGUGGAAUCUGCACGAGCACAUCUUUCAGAAUCAUCCGAAAUUAAAUCACUAAAAACUGAUGAAAGAUACAAGAAAGAUCAAUCAUCACUACUCGAGGAAAGUGAGGCAACGCGUGUUUUACGGGAUUUUCCAUUUCUGUACUCCCGAGCUGGUGAUUUGACAGUUGGCGAUGUGGAGGAUUUGCUAAUUAGUUAUAAGCAGUUAGUGUUCAAGUACGUUUGUCUCGCAAAAGGAUUAGGUCUGGAAAUUCAAACCCGAAACCCACAAAUCCCAAGAGAAGAUCGUUCAGAAGACGGUGCUGUGGAAAAUCGUGUUAGCAGAAUAUCUCACGAUGAAGCUGAAGAAAAAUCCGGCUUUCGGGAUCGUAAGUAG